CGUGCUGGAUCAGGCGCGCCGCCUUAGCUCUGUGUUGAUAGGCUGCUCGUUUUUCCAGAGAGGAGGAUCUCCGCGGCUUGGGGAGAAAGGGAACAAGGGCAACUGGGUGCACUUUGUCUUUAACAGGCUCCGGGCCAAAAAUCCGCGCUUGCAGGCUCGCAGGCAGCGGCGGCGUAACAAUAUCCCCACGUGACUGCCAUGAAAGCCUCUGUUCCAACCAGCCAGGCACCGAGGGAGGGAAAGAAACUUACAAGAGGUCGGAGAAGAGGCGCCGCUCGUCAUUUACGCACUAGAGAGAGAAGCCAAACCUCGGGGAUGUGAUACGAAAUUGACCAGAAAGGGCUGGAAAAGACGGAUUUGGCCACGCUUCUGCCCUCCCCUCUUUUCUCUCCACUUCUCCGCGGUUUCGCUUCGCUCUCCUGUCACUCUUAACUUCUUCCUCCUUCCUUCGAAGGCUCCCUUUCCCUCGCCGCCUCUUCCUUACUUUUGGAUGACUUUCUCCCCCACAACCCCAUCUCCCUCCCUUCUUCUCCCCGGCUGCAACUGCGCCCCGAUCUCCAAGGUAACGCCUCUCGCAGCAACAUGCCGGAGCAGAUCACCGUCUCCGAGUUCGUGGCCGUGACUUCGGAGGAUCUCAGCUCGCCGGCGGCUUCCAGCUUCGCCUCCAAAUUGCAGAAGUGCCGGGGGGCCGUGGUGGCGCUGGAAGAGAGCCUGGAUGGGGACCAAGCCAUUCUCCAGCGGAUCAGGAAAUAUGUGAAAGCUAUUCAUGCUUCUGGGCUCACGCAUGUGGAGAACGAGGAGCAGUACAGCGAAACUCUGGAGAACUUUGGCAACAACCACCUUUCUCAGAACAAUCAUGAGCUUUCCACGGGAUUCUUGAAUCUGGCUGUCUUCACCAGGGAAGUGACGGCACUUUUCAAAAACCUGGUGCAGAAUCUGAACAAUAUUGUCUCCUUUCCUCUGGACAGCUUGCUGAAAGGGCAACUUAAAGAUAGCCGGCUGGAUUCCAAGAAGCAGAUUGAAAAGGCCUGGAAGGAUUAUGAGACCAAAGUAGCAAAGAUGGAAAAGGAGAAGGAGCGAGCCAAGAUAUCUGGAGUCAUUCAGGCCGAACCAUCGGCUGCAGAAAUCGCCGAGGACCUGCAGAAGGAGCGCCGCACUUUCCAGCUUCAGAUGUGUGAGUAUCUUCUGAAAGCCAACGAAAGCCAAAUGAAGCAAGGACCAGACUUUCUGCAGAGCCUUAUCAAGUUCUAUCAUGCACAGCACAAUUUCUUCCAAGAUGGCUGGAAGGCAUCUCAGAACCUGUACCCAUUCAUUGAGAAGCUAGCAACGUCCUUACAUGCACUUCAUCAGGUGAAGGAAGAGGAGGUCAAGCAGCUCACUCGCAUCCGCGACUCCCUCCGAGGCAUCCUGCAGCUGGAGAACAAAGGGGAAAACCUCAGCAGGAAGAACUCUGGCAGUGGCUACAGCAUCCACCAGCACCAAGGGAACAAGCAAUAUGGGACCGAGAAAUCGGGUUUCCUGCACAAGAAAAGCGAUGGGAUUCGGAAAGUGUGGCAGAAGAGGAAGUGUGGCGUGAAGUACGGAUGCCUCACAAUUUCGCACAGCACGAUAAAUCGGCCUCCCGUCAAGUUAAAUCUGUUGACCUGCCAAGUGAGGCCUCAUCCAGAGGAUAAAAAGUCCUUUGACCUUGUGACACAUAACAGGACGUACCACUUUCAAGCAGAGGAUGAGCACGAAUGUAUUGUGUGGGUGUCGGUGCUCCAGAACAGCAAAGACGAAGCACUCAGCAACGCUUUCAAGGGGGACCCAGGGGGGUGCGUGUCUUCGGCCGGCAGCAUGGCAGAUGGGGGGCUGCAAGAGCUCACCAAACUCAUCAUUGGUGAGGUGAAGAACAUGCCAGGCAACAGGCAAUGCUGUGACUGCGGAGCCCCAGAUCCCACGUGGCUCUCCACCAACCUUGGCAUUCUGACAUGCAUUGAGUGUUCAGGGAUCCACCGUGAGUUGGGGGUGCACUACUCCCGAAUCCAGUCCUUGACCCUGGAUGUGCUCAGCACUUCUGAACUGCUGCUGGCAGUCAGCAUUGGCAAUGCCAAGUUUAAUGAAGUCAUGGAGGCCACUUUGCCAGUCCCUGUUAGCCCGAAACCCUCCUCAAGCAGCGAUAUGAAUGCCCGGAAGGAAUUCAUCAUGGCCAAGUACAUGGAGCGCAAGUACGUUCACAAAGCGGCCAGGGAUGAGCCUUGCCGCCUCUGGGAAGCAAUCCGGAGCAGGGAUCUCCUGGCUCUGCUUCAGGCCUUUGCAGAGGGCCACGACCUGUCCAAACCUCUAGCCAGCCCCGAAGGCCAGGAACCAGGUGAGCGGGCUUUGCAUCUGGCUGUGCGCUAUGCCAACAAGACCUCCCUCCCCCUGGUUGACUUCAUUAUACAGAAUGGGGGAAAUCUGGACCGGCCCACUCCAGAUGGGAGCACAGCCCUGCAUUAUGGGGCUCAGUAUAAUCAGCCCAACUGCAUCAAGCUCCUGCUGAAGGGGAAAGCCUCUACAAAUGCAGUAAAUGCAGCUGGUGAAACACCUCUGGAUGUGGCGAGGAGGUACAAGCAUACUGAGUGUGAAGACUUGCUGGAGCAAGCCCAGGCGGGGAAAUUGGCUUCCCAGAUACACUUGGACUACGACUGGGAAACCCCUCAGGAGUUUUCUUACGACAGUGAAGAUGAGCUGGACGAGAAGGUGAGCCCACUGCAGCGGUCUUUUGGGUCUUCAUCGUCUCCGACCACAGGCCAGCCUGCCCUCUUCCCUCCAAAGAGGUGGAGUUGCACAGGUAUAGACAUCAGCAACAAGACCUACGAGACCAUCCUGGUCCCCUCACGGCCUGGCCUGCAAAGCUCAAAGAGUGAGGAGACCCCACCACCGCUGCCAGUCAAAAAUCCCACCAGAGGGAGUUCCAAGACAAAACCAGGGCAGAGUGCUUUGGACCCCUCAGAGUCCUUGCCUCAGUCACCAGAUGUCCCUGAGGGGCGGCACUUGUCCACUUCCAGUGUUCCUGGAAUGCCAGAUGGUGGCACGUCCCGGCAGCCGUCGAGCUUCCGCAAUUCUGUGGAAGUCAAAGGCACAGCCUACUGGGAAACCUGCUCCGAAAAGGAAAGUGGAUCCCUGCGCAGAAGAUCGGACCCCAGUCAGGCGACAGUGCUACAGCCUUCUCCUGGUACCUCUCCAGAACAAGGACAAGCCAACCCAGUCAAGUUCAGCUCUGAGAGCACCCGAUCCUAUCGGCGGAUCAGUAGUGGCUCGGUGGGCAAGCUGCCUGGCACCCCACUUUCCCCUCAGAGCUCUGGUUGCCCAGAAGAACUGCCUUCCUGCAAGUCUCCGAUGCUGACCCAGACGCCUCCCCCCGUGCCGAUGCCAAGAAGGUUUGCCCCGGCUAAGGGACGGCCAAAGAGAGUCAUGGCCUUGGUUGACUGCAAGGGGGACAAGGCUCGGGAGCUGACUUUCUCCAAGGGUGAAGUGAUUGUGGUGACGCGGGAAGAGGAUGAUCAAAGUUGGAUCGGUUUCAUUGAAGGUGAUGGCACAAGAACAGGAGUUUUCCCCUCCAGCUUUGUCCACCCAUUGCAAGACUGAUGGGACCAUUUUGUUCACGUUCCAGCUGCAGAGAGGAGUCUGCCUGAGCUGCUUUGCGGACCUAAGGUGGACUCGCCCCAUCUCCUUUGAGCCUGCUCUUCUCCAUAGGAUGCCAUCUGCGUAAUCACUUUGAUCAUAUCCUUGGGAAGAAGCCACUGGCUUUGGCUUGGCUACUGUUUUCAUUGCUGUUGUUAAGCAGGACCAGGAGAAAGGACAGGAGCUCUGCUGAUGUUGCUUGGUUGACUUUUCCUGGCUUCUUUUUGCGGCCUCACGCAACCGAGGUAUCUUCUCGUGGCUGUGGAGGCUCCAUCUCCAAGUCAUCUCUGCCUCCGUUUGAUUUUCUUGCUCGAGAACAAAUGUACACUUGGGUGGGAUUCAGACUCCUAGUGCAGUGUUUGGUUUCGUAGCAAUCUCGGCUUCUGUUACGACAGUCACGAGGGAUAAGCCCCGCUUCCAAGAGAAAUCUGAAAACAUGCAGCAAAUGCAUAUAUGCUGGAGACUUGGAAAACCAAGCCAGGCCUUUGGCAGGGCUUCAGAGCUGCUGCACAUCCUGCUCCAGCCUUAUGAGGAUUCACGUUGCUCUUCCCCCAGUAGAGGUCAAAUACCCUACCCUCAUGGAUCCAUUUCUGCAUCUCUUCAUCCAGUGCAGAGUCUUCACAUCUGCUGUGUGCAGAGGAUUCUGGGAGCCUUGGUUGGUCCCAACUGGCCUAGUCAGUUGAGAGUGCCCUUUAGGGGGAAGGGUUGCAGCUCAGUGGUACAGCAUCUGUUUUCAUGCAUAAAGUCCCAGGUUCAAUUCCCGACGGCAUCUCCAGGAGGGGAUGAAGAAGCCCCCUGCCCGAAGCCCAGGAGCACUGCUGCCAAUCAGUGUCGACCGUGCUGAGCAAGAUGGGCCAAUGGUCUGACUUUGCAUAAAGCAGGUUCCUGUGUGGCUAUAUCUGUUAGGCACCAGGUGUGCGCUGCUGGAGAAGUUGGAUAAUGGUGUGCAAACUCCAGGUCUUGCCUCCGCUAUUCACCUUUCAGGGACUGCAUUCUGCCAGGACAGCCACAGCUUUCCCAUGUCCCAUGGAAGUCACUGCCCUCCAAAUGAAGAAGAUUGAUGAAGGGCAGAACUCAUGUCUGAUAAAGCAAAGCUUUUCAAAGCGUUGGGCGCUCGUGAGAAGUGAGGGGCAUCUGUAGCUCUUCUUCAGGCUGCAAAAUGUCUUGGGGCCCAUAUUGACCAGCCUGUCUGCCAUUAUCACUCACAGAAUUACAGAAUCGUAGAAUGUUUUAAGUCAGAAGGGACCUUUGAGGUCCAACCUACACACUGCAGAAAUCUUGCAACUGCAGCAUCCCUGGCAGAAGCUGGUUGCACCUGUGCUUAAAUACCUUCAGCAAAGGAAAGACCACCACCUCAUGAGGCCAUCUGUUCCUCUGUGAAACAGUUCUAGCAAUUAGGACAUGUCUCCUAUUAGCCAAAAUCUGUUUCCUUGUGACGUCUACUCUUUGGCUCUACUCUUGGAGCAACAGAGAACAAAUUGAUUUUCUACAUUAUAGAGCUCCUGAUAACUUCCUGUGGAAUCUGUGAGUUCUGUAUAGUAAUGUUUUGAAACCACUCCUGCUCGCACUUUGGAAGCUUUUCAGGCUGAAUCCAAACUUCUUGUUGUUUGGAUUUGGGCACCACUGGGAAGGCAGGGAUGCCAACAGUGGGCGGACCUAGAGCCAAGGGCAGGUGCAGACAAGUAAUUCUAGUUUUCUCCCUGUCCUGUUCCCUGCUGAGUUCUACAGGGGCUAUGGAGGAGGCUGGGAGCCAGGACUGGUUGACGUUAAGAAGACAGGCCAGUGUGGGCUGGCUGAGAGCAGACUGAGGUUGGUAGGGCAGUACGCCAUAAGAUCCAGCCCAAUAUUUUUAGAACUGCUCAGCCAGUUUGGAAAGUGCCCUUGUCCCAUUUUUGAUCCUCUCCUGCCAAGCUAUGAGAAAACCAAUUCUGCAAGUCUGCAGAAUGGUUAAAUUUUGAACAAAAAGGAAAGCAGCUGUGGGAGUUGCCAAAUUGGCAGUUCUCCCCGACAAUGAAAUCCCUCCCCAAAUCCCACUAUUAGGUUUGCAACUAUUUUUAAAAUGUUACUUAAAAAAAAUGAAUAAAUGUGAAUGUACCACUUUAAACCUUUUAAGAGGUGGAUGGCCCAUCAGAAAGAUGAGUAGAUGUCUGAACCCGUGGGGUUGUCUUGCUGAUAGGUAUAUCUGCUGUGGAAAUAGCAAAUCCAGUUUGGCUCUCAUGGGUGAAGAACUCACUGUGACUGCCCUUUUAAAUACCACGUCCGUCCUCACCUUCAAAUGCUCCAGUCUGGUUUGACCAGUUUUAAAGAGAAGCAAUAUCACCAUACAUGCUCUGGCCCUUUCCCCAGGGUGUGAAAAGUUCAGGGCAAUCUUUAAACAGCUGGUUCUUUUCCACAGUGAGCACCCUGCAGAUUUCUUUGCAAAAGAUGAAUGAAUAAUGUGGAGGCAUUGGCCAGCGAAAGCUUUGCUGGUUCCAAAACGGAAUCAAACCAGGCCCCAGAUGUAAGAUGAUUUAAACAAGCAAAGUUCUUUUAAGCUGCUUUUUCAGCACCAAGAACAACCAGAGCUAAAUUUAUUAUUUUUGCUCAGCUACCAGCUGUAGAUGUGUAGCUUGGUGGGGAGAACAUCUGCUUUGCAUGCAGAAGGAGGUCUCAGUCCCUGGCAUCUCCAGGUACAGAUAGGAAAGAUUCCCUAUCUUAAACCCUGGAGAGCUGCUACCAGAUAAUAAACGAUCCAUCUAGCUUGGUUUUUAUCUGGCUCAGUGUAAGGCAGGCUUUUAUGUUCCUUUUAAGUAAAGCCUAGUACAUUGGGCAGAAAGUCUACCAGCAUAGUAAGUAUUGUUCCCUCAGCCAACCCCAGCAUACAUCCUCCAGGAAGAAGGGAUGUGGGGACAAGGGGCAUUAGGCAGUUUGCUGUGUUCAUGUCUUUCUGCUUCGUUGUCUUGUGCCCGACAGUCCUGUAGAACUCACUGACACAGAAUAUGAUAAGGACUAAUA